GUCACGUAAAAUGAUCACCUCUUCUGUGGCUAUACCUUGAGAUCGAAGAAGUUUGUUCCACCUUCACCUGCGCCGUCGUUAUGAGCCACACGUCCAAAAUGUCAGAUAUGUCUGACCCCGAUGUGAUGUCGGAGUCUGAACGUGAAAAGGAGCCAGUGGCAGAGAAGAGGAGCAGUGGCAGUGGCGAAAAAAAAGAGACAAGCGCUAUCGAACAAGAGCUAUUCAUAAUAGCACUCUACGCUAUAGGAGCUCUGGCAUUUGGAGCUGGUAUCGCCAUCAUAGUGUUCCAUCGAAAAGGUAAACCACCUGUGGAUGGCAAUUACACAGAGGACAACGAACCGGGGACUCGUGCAGCUCCAUCCCCAGAAGACGACGAAGAGGUCUAUGAAAUAAAAACACUAUGUGGCACUGACGACUGCAACUACAUGCGCUGGCUGAUCAGUAUGUCUGUCGACACGGCAAAGAAUCCGUGCGAUAAUUUUUUUACCUAUGUCUGCGCCGGUGCUAUGGAGCAUUUCAAAGGGGUAUCAAACAUGCUAAAUUUCGUGACCCUCCAGAAUAUGCAAGCGAUUGAGAUGUGGUUCACAAACUCCUCCCCUCCGGCUCAAAGACAAAGCGCCUUCCAGAAAGCCGUCAAGUUGUAUCAAUCGUGUCUAGAAGAUCCGCAGUCAAGCAAGACAGGAAUACGUGAAAUUCUAAGAAAUAUAGGCUUGUCAUUCACACAAGAGUUGAACUUUGAACCGCUUGAUAUGCAAGUGAGGUUUCUGUUUGAAGGACAUGCGGCGAUAUACAUCAUGACUCCAGCACCGUCUCGCAGCCAGAACGACAUCUUCCUCGACGUUCGUGUAUCUACUAUUUUUGAUUCGUUUCGCUCGGUUAAGCCUGGCAGUGCAACGGAACGCAGAAUAAUUUAUCAAAAGGUGUUACAUUGGGUAUUCGAAGGUUUAAAUCUCGACGACAAGGUUAUGGAUGACGUUCUACAAGCGGAAGACAAAGUGUACGUCGUCUCCAGCAACCAGACGUACGGAGACAAACGUUACAGAUUUGGAAUGUCUAACAUCGAUUAUUUUGCCGGCAAAGACCGGGGACUAUCCGAACGGUGGAAAAAGAGCCUACAAAAAUGGUCAAAGUCUCUCUUCCCCGGAAGAUAUCAAAUUCAGAUGACUUUAAACGAUAUACACCUACUCUAUAAUUUAUUUGGCAGCAAAGCAUUGAUAAGCACCGAAGACAUUCGGACAUUUUUUGCAUGGAGAACAACGUGGUACCUCUACAAUAUAUCUGGAGUAACCAUGGCAAAUGAGAAGGCCAGUGAGAUAGCCGACAAAUGCCUAACUCACGUCUUAUAUUUAUUCAAGAUUGUAGCGCCGAUGAAGACGUUGUUAGAGAAGGUAAACCAGUCAACGGUAGAUGCUGUAGAACGGAUGACGAAUGAUAUUCUGCUUGGGAUCGAAAGGUCAUUCAGAACAUCGAACUGGCUCGACGGUCCUACACGAAAGGGGGCCUUAAAAAAGAUAUCUCAGUUACACAAGAGUAUCGGUUACCCUCUUGGUAUUUCAUCAGAAAAAGCGGCUGACGCAUAUUUGAGCAAUGUCCCAGACAUGACCGACAGUUACGUUUGGAACGUCGUGAAGGUGACGGAGCAUCGAACGUCCACUGCUAUUGAUUUGUUGAGGAGUAAAGACGCCCUCAGCGCGUCCAUUGUGACUCGCUUCAUAGACUUCAUACCGAUGUAUUCGGCAAACGCGGCGUACAAUGCGCUAACCAACGUGAUUUAUAUUCCUCCAGGUUUAAUGGUCCGGCCAAUUUUCACUUAUGGCGGAGCACCUGAAUUGAACUACGGUGCGCUGGGCGGGAUACUGACACACGAAAUUAUGCACGGCUUCGACGGUACCGGAAAAAAUUACGACGGUACAGGAAAAAGAACAGCUGGUUUUCCGAAGCGAGCAAGACAUUACGAGGAUUACCCGGCCGAGUACUUAGCGGAUACGAUGGGCAGAGGGUCAAUACUGAAGGUGUACAGGAAAGCUUUUAAAAAAUCGCCUAUGAGCCUGGGGCAUCUGAAGGGGUUGACGAGUGAUCAGCUCUUCUACGUGGCUUGGUGCCUGAUGUGGUGUGGAGAGCCUCUUCCAGAGAAGACUCAUCCUUGCUCUGACGAGAGGUGCAAUGUUCCUCUCAUGAGUUCCGAGCACUUUGGCGAAGUGUUUAACUGUCCUCCGGAAUCGCCAAUGAAUCCGAAGAAAAAAUGUCCCUUUUGGAGAACGCUUCUCUGA